UCAGGUUAAACAAUUGGAUUUUCCAAAAGAAAAAAAUAUAAUUUAUUUUAUCAUACCUACAACAAUUUAAAAAAAAAAACUUCAGUUUAGUUUUACUUGUUUUACGUUAGUCAAAAUUUUCCAAAUAUGAAGUUAGUGAUGGAUUUACCGAUUAAAAUUGCUAUUGGCAGUGGAGCUGGUUUAUUAUUUGGGAUAUUAUUUGGUUGGGCUAUUUUUCCAGCACUUUUACAUCAUAAAAUUUCCAGUCAAGUUGCGUUAAAAAAAGGCGGCGAAAUAAGAGAGAUGAUUGUAAAGUUUCCAUUUUCAUUUGAUUUUAAAAUAUAUAUGUUUAAUAUAACGAAUCCAAUGGAUGUACAAAAAGGUGAUACACCAGUAUUAGAUGAAGUUGGCCCAUUCUUUUACGAAUUUUACGAUGAAUGGAAAGAAAAAGUAAAUGUAGUUGAUGAUGACACUGACGAUACAAUGACGUUUAAUGCGCAAAACACUUUUUAUUUUAAUCAAGAAAAAUCGGGUAAAUUGACGGGAGAUGAAUUGAUUACAAUACCUCAUCCAUUUAUUGUCGGGCCAGCAAUAGCUGCAAAACGUGAAAAACCAGCCAUGUUAAGUUUGCUGAACAAAGCUAUAGCAUCAAUAUAUCAUGCCGAAUCGAUAUUUUUAACUGCUCGAGUACGUGAUAUACUUUUUGAUGGUAUUAUGAUAUAUUGUAAUGUCACAGAUUUUGCAGGUAAAGGAUUCUGUAGUGUGAUGAGGAAUGACGUCAAAGAUUUAGUGCAUGUUACUGAUAAUGUAUUCUCUUUUUCAUUUUUUGGUCCCAAAAAUGGUACAUUUGAUCCAAGACCAACUAAAAUGCAAAGAGGAAUAAAAAACGCUAAAGAUGUUGGCAGAGUACUUGAAUUUGAUGGUAAACCAAAUAUUAGUGUGUGGGGAAAAAAGGAUUGCGAUGAAUUUCGAGGAACUGACGGUACAAUUUUUCCACCUUUUUUAAAAGAGGAAGAUGGUUUAUUAUCAUUUUCUUCAGAUAUUUGCAGAUCAUUGCCUGCUAAUUAUGUGAAAGAUGUUGUAUAUAAAGGAAUUCCUGCAAGAUAUUAUACGGCAACGUUGGGCGAUAUGUCAAAAAACAAAAAUGAAAAAUGUUUUUGCCCAACUCCUGAUACCUGUUUGAAAAAAGGUUCAAUGGAUUUGACAAAAUGCCUGGGUGCGCCAUUAGUAAUCACAUUACCACACUUUUACGAUGCUGAUGAAAGUUUUCUAGGACCUGUUCGGGGUUUACAUCCAAAUGUGAAAGAUCAUGGAAUUUAUAUAUAUUUUGAACCAAUGUCAGGUACUCCAAUGGAAGCGCGUAAACGCUUGCAAUUUAACAUUCCCCUAGAAAAAAUUGACAAAAUUGCACUUAUGAAAGAAUUACCUGAAGCCUUAGUUCCAAUAUUUUGGAUUGAAGAGGGGGUUGCUUUAAAUGAUACAUUUAUCAAUCAACUAAAAUCACAAUUAGUACGUACUAUAAAAAUAGUGACAAUCAUGAAAUGGGUUAUAAUAUUGUUGUCAAUAGUUGGAAUAGGCGUUGCAGGAUUUCUACAAUUUAAGAAGAAUACUGGAUUUGCGGUUACUCCUACCUAUGGUGGAAACAACGAAUUGAAAAAGACAAAUAACAUAAUUAGUACAAUAAGUAAUGCGGAUAAUCGUACUAGUUAUUAAUGAAAAUUAUAAAUAGGACAGAGUGGCGAUCCAUAUGGAAAACCUAGGAAUAAAGCGUCCAUCAGGGAAAAUGUAUUCAAAAUUUGUAGUACAAUUAAAUAAUAAAAU